AUGGAGGCAACUGCAGAUCUUCGAGACACAGCUGCAUUAACUCUGAAGUUUAAGUUUAAUCCAAGGCUGGGCAUUGACAAUCCUGUCCUCUCCCUGGCUGAAGACCAGGACCAGUCUGACCCCUGGAACCUGCGGCGGCCUCGCUUCUGUCUGUUGAGCAAAGAGGAGGAAAAGAGUUUUGGGUUCCAUCUGCAGCAGCAGCUGGGCAAGGCUGACCAUGUGGUGUGCAGGGUAGAUCCAGGCUCUUCUGCCCAACGUCAUGGUCUCCGGGAAGGAGACCGGAUCCUAGCGGUGAACAAUAAGAACGUGGAACACGAGGACUAUGCGAUGGUAGUACGCUGCAUCCGGGCCAGCGGUCCCCGGGUCUUGCUGACAGUCUUAGCGCAACACGCACAUGAUGUGGUGCGCGCUCAGCAGGGGAGCGAUGUCUUCUGUUGUCCUGCCCUAGGCCCAGAGGUCAGGCCCCGGUUGUGCCACAUAGUAAAAGACGAAGGUGGCUUUGGUUUCAGCAUCACCCAUGGAAAUCGGGGCCCUUUCUGGCUGGUGCUCAGUUCAGGAGGAGCUGCUGAGAGAGCAGGAGUGCCCCCUGGGGCCCGGCUGUUAGAAGUGAAUGGGGUCUGUGUGGAGAAGUUCACUUCCAACCAGCUCAGUAGGAAGCUUUCGCAGAGUGGAGAUCAGGUGACUCUGCUGGUGGCGGGGCCGGAGGUAGAGGAACAGUGUCAUCAGCUGGGAAUGCCUCUUGCUGCACCCCUGGCAGAGGGCUGGGCACUGCCUGCCAAGCCCCGGUGUCUAAACAUAGAGAAAGGACCUCAAGGCUUUGGGUUCCUGCUCCGGGAGGAGAAGGGCCUGAAUGGUCGCCUUGGGCAGUUCUUGUGGGAUGUGGACCCAGGACUGCCAGCUGACAAGGCUGGGAUGAAGGCUGGAGACCGCCUGGUGGCUGUGGCUGGGGAAAGUGUGGACGGGCUGGGCCAUGAGGAAACCGUGUCUAGGAUCCGAGCACAGGGCUCUUGUGUCUCCCUUAUUGUCGUUGAUCCUGAGGCUGACUGCUUCUUCAGCAUGGUACGGCUGUCUCCUCUCCUCUUCUUGGAGAACACAGAGAUUGCUGACUCCCCUCUGGCGGAAACCAAGGAUCAUCUAGUUGAAGAUGCAGCUGAGCCUUCUGACACUGUUGGCUCCCGCCAAUGCUUCUUGUACCCUGGGGCUGGAGGUGGCUAUGGAUUCAGACUCUGCUUCGUGGCCAGUGGGCCUUGUCUCUUCAUCUCCCAGGUGACCCCAGGAGGCUCAGCUGCCCGAGCAGGGCUGCAAAUGGGAGAUGCAAUUUUGGAGGUGAAUGGAUACCCUGUGGGUGGUGACAGUGACCUGGAUAGGCUUCAGCAGCUGGCUGAGGCCGAGCCACCCCUCUGCUUGAAGCUGGCAGCUAGGAAUCUGCAGGGCUUAGAAGCCUGGAUUUCCUCCGAGUCUGGAAAGGACUGGAGCCUGGCUGCAGAGCUGCUAUAGGACAUGCCUGCUUGGCACAGACUUGCCUAAUGGCUUUCGUGCCCUUGCUCUGCACCCUGAGGUGGAGGGAGCCAGGAAUGACCUCCCCAAAUGGGAAGUGGGACUUGGAAAAUUCAGACUCCAAUGAUCACAUGACUGCUUGGGAGGCACCUACCUCCAGCAGAGGGGUGAGGACUCAUGAGGGAGCCCAAGUUUCCACGGGAUGUUUUGUAGAAGUUUUGAGGACCUGUGCUACAAAGAUGAAUUUCUUCUGCCCAAGAAGGUGAUGCUGUGGAGCCAUUUAGGAUCAAAGCCAUUGAGAACUUAGGCUAGCUAUGACUCCAGUGUUAAAUGGCAUGAGAAUUUGGAGAUCAGCCAUAUUUUCCUUCUGUGGACAUCUUAGAAACUUGGAGCCAGCAGGCAGAUCUCUGUGACUUUGACAGGCAGAUCUCUGUGACUUUGAGGACAGCCUGGUCUACAAGAGCUAGUUCCAGGACAGGCUCCAAAACUACACAGAAACCCUGUCUCAUAAAACUAAAAAGAAAAAGAAACUUGGGAGCUGGUUCCUGGCCACUGUAAUGUCCUAUUACAGCCUUUCCCAGUGGGCCAGUGAGAUGGCUCAGUUGGUAAAGGUGUUUGCUGCUAAGCCUGACAACCCAAGUUCAAUCCUCAGAACCCUGUUGGUAGAAGGAGAGAACCAAUUCCUGGGAGUUGUCCUCUAGCCUCUACGUGAACACCUUA